AUGUCAUAUUACAACGGAAAUAUGGCACAACCAACGACAACUAUAGAAACAGUCACUAUAAAAAGACCAUUAAAGGUGAUAGCUUUCAUAUGCGGACUCAUAGUGAUAAUUUUGAUGAUAAUGGGCCUUGCAUCGACCGACUGGCUAAUGGCAGCGGGAUGGAGACAGGGUCUAUUUAUGCAUUGCAUAGAAGAAGAUGCACCACAACCCCUACCCUUUAGCAUACAAGAUUUGCCAGGAUGUUAUCAAUCAAGAGACGCGGGGUACAUCAAAGCUGCUGCAGCUCUCUGUGUGAUAACUCUUCUGACUGACCUCGUAGCUACAGUACUGACUGGUUUAGGAUUAGGUACCAAAGAUCAUCACACGAAAUACAAAUAUUACCGAUUUGCUGUCAUAGUUAUGGGUCUAGCAUUGGUUUCCAUCCUAGUAGCGUUGAUCAUUUAUCCUGUUUGCUUUGCCGCUGAAUUGAAUUUGGGUAACCGAACAAUAUGGGAAUUCGGAUGGGCAUAUGGCGUCGGAUGGGGAGCCGCCAUUUUCCUCUUUGGAGCUGUCAUCUUGUUGAUGUGCGACAAAGAAAGCGAGGAGAUCUACUACAAAGAAAGGAAAAUCGUACACGAUAACGAUUCGCGGGCCUAG